AUGAGUAUAUCAUUAAAAUUUUGUUGCAUAUUUAUAAUUUUCGUGAUUUGUUCUACGCUCUUGAGAGUUGAAUCAUUUACUCCUAAAGAACGUUUAGCACAUUCCUCUGUACUAGUAGGAGAUAAGCUUUAUUUUUUUGGCGGAGCAGGUAGUGAUUCCAUUUGGAAGAGCAUGGGCAACUGUUCAAUAAAUAACGAUCCAAAUAUUUAUUUAUUUGGAGGAUAUAUGGUAGAUAAUGAUCUGUCUGAUUCAUUUACUUCGAUAAUAUAUCGUUUUAAUGUAAAUUACUCGACGUGGAGUAUACCUCCUGUUGGUGGAAUUUCACCUGAAAGACGAAGGCUGUUAAUAGUAAUGGAAAUUCACCAACAACAAAAUACUUUAAUUAUAUGGUCAUUUUUGAUGCCGUUGGAUUAUCAUGGUCAAUUAUUUCUCCGGUUGACGCACCGAGACAACGAAACUUCAUAUACUGCAACAUUAUUACCAAAUGGUUUUAUUGUAUAUAUUGGAGGUUAUGAAAUUAAGGAGAACGGUGACUAUAUAGUAGUAGAUAUUAAGCAAACUAAUCUUUAUGAUACAAAUUCUUUAACCUGGUCAUUAAAAACGGCAGGAUUUACAAGUCAAAUUCAAAGUCGUUUAGGUCAUACAGCUGUAAUAGCCCCAAAUGGUAAAAUCAUUAUUUAUGGAGGUUCUAAAAGGAUUGGCAAUAUUAAACUUUCUCGUGUUUUUCCAGAUAUUUCAGAUGUCGGCACGGUUCCAUCAAUUAUAAUGAUCUCGUUGGGAAUUAUAUGA